GGGAGGCGCCCUGCCCGCUUCCCGGUGCCUCUGUGGUCAGUGGGAGCGCAUUGUUCUCCUUGGGGCUUGGAGCCCGGCCAAGCGAAGUGAGGGAGGGUGUGGCCCCACCAGGCGUCGGGGGAAGGGUGCAGGGGCUCCCUGUCCUCUCACCUUCUUGGGCUCCUGCCGUCCGGGAGCAGGACAGGUGGGGCCCCGCCCCCAGUCUCCUUUCUGCCCUUGGUGUGUCCUUGGCGCAUCUGGGCUGUGUGGGUGUGCAGCAGACCUCCCCAGAGCUCACUCCCUGCCGGCUCUGUCACGUUUCAGCUCUGUGACUGGCAGUUCAGUCUGAGGGCACACCGUGUGGCUUCAUGCUCCGGCCCCCCCACCGCUUCUCCAUCUCCUCUCUGUGCUGACCCAGUGGACACCCCCCACUGCCUUCCCCGUCUCCUCUCUGUGCUGACCCAGUGGACAUCCCCAGCGCCUUCCCCAUCUCAUCUCUGUGCCGACCCAGUGGACACCCCCCAGCGCCUUCCCCGUCUCAUCUCUGUGCUGACCCAGUGGGCGCCAGUGCUGCCCUGUGUGGGCCACCCUCCCACCUUCCCCGUCUCAUCUCUGUGCUGACCCAGUGGACACCCCCCAGCGCCUUCCCCGUCUCAUCUCUGCUGACCCAGUGGACACCCCGCAGCGCCUUCCCCGUCUCCUCUCUGUGCUGACCCAGUGGACACCCCCUAAUGCCUUCCCUGUCUCAUCUCUGUGCUGACCCAGUGGGCGCCAGCGCCUUCCCCAUCUCAUCUCUGUGCCGACCCAGUGGACACCCCCGAGCGCCUUCCCCAUCUCCUCUCUGUGCCGACCCAGUGGACAUCCCCCUACUGCCUUCCCUGUCUCAUCUCUGUGCUGACCCAGUGGACAUCCCCCAGCGCCUUCCCCAUCUCAUCUCUGUGCCGACCCAGUGGACACCCCCCUACUGCCUUCCCUGUCUCAUCUCUGUGCUGACCCAGUGGACAUCCCCCAGCGCCUUCCCUGUCUCAUCUCUGCUGACCCAGUGGACACCCCGCAGCGCCUUCCCCGUCUCCUCUCUGUGCUGACCCAGUGGACACCCCCUAAUGCCUUCCCUGUCUCAUCUCUGUGCUGACCCAGUGGGCGCCAGCGCCUUCCCCAUCUCAUCUCUGUGCCGACCCAGUGGACACCCCCCCACCUUCCCCGUCUCAUCUCUGUGCUGACCCAGUGGGCGCCAGCGCUGCCCUGUGUGGGCCACCCCCUCACCUUCCCCAUCUCAUCUCUGUGCCGACCCAGUGGACACCCCCGAGCGCCUUCCCCAUCUCCUCUCUGUGCCGACCCAGUGGACAUCCCCCUACUGCCUUCCCUGUCUCAUCUCUGUGCUGACCCAGUGGACAUCCCCCAGCGCCUUCCCCAUCUCAUCUCUGUGCCGACCCAGUGGACACCCCCCUACUGCCUUCCCUGUCUCAUCUCUGUGCUGACCCAGUGGACACCCCCCAGCGCCUUCCCCAUCUCUGUGCUGACCCAGUGGACACUCCCCACUGCUUUCCCCGUCUCCACUCUGUGCCAACUCAGUGGGCGCCAGCGCUGCCCUAUGUGGGCCACCCCCCACCUUCCCCGUCUCAUCUCUGCUGACCCAGUGGACACCCCCCAGCGCCUUCCCUGUCUCAUCUCUGUGCUGACCCAGUGGACACCCCCCAGCGCCUUCCCCGUCUCAUCUCUGUGCCGACCCAGUGGACACCCCCCAGCGCCUUCCCCGUCUAAUCUCUGUGCUGACCCAGUGGACACCCCCCACCUUCCCUGUCUCAUCUCUGUGCUGACCCAGUGGACACCCCCCCACCUUCCCCGUCUCAUCUCUGUGCUGACCCAGUGGGCGCCAGCGCUGCCCUGUGUGGGCUACCCCCUCACCUUCCCCAUCUCAUCUCUGUGCUGACCCAGUGGACACCCCCCAGCUCUUCCCCGUCUCAUCUCUGUGCCGACCCAGUGGACACCCCCCAGCGCCUUCCCCGUCUCAUCUCUGUGCUGACCCAGUGGACACCCCCCAGCGCCUUCCCCGUCUCAUCUCUGUGCUGACCCAGUGGACACCCCCCACCUUCCCCGUCUCCUCUCUGUGCUGACCCAGUGGACACCCCCCAGCGCCUUCCCCGUCUCCUCUCUGUGCUGACCCAGUGGACACUCCCCACCUUCCCUGUCUCAUCUCUGUGCUGACCCAGUGGACACCCCCCCACCUUCCCCGUCUCAUCUCUGUGCUGACCCAGUGGGCGCCAGCGCUGCCCUGUGUGGGCCACCCCCUCACCUUCCCCAUCUCAUCUCUGUGCUGACCCAGUGGACACCCCCCAGCGCCUUCCCCGUCUCAUCUCUGUGCUGACCCAGUGGGUGCCAGUGCCGCCCUGUGGGAAAGGCUGGGAGCUGGCCUGGCCUUGCUACCUGCUGCUGUUCAGAGCAGGUUGUGGGAACGGCCCCUACUUGGAGGGGUGGGGGUGGGGCUCCCUCCCCGGAAUGGGCAGUGGGUAGAUUGUCAUGGGCCAUGGGACCCCCUGUGGCUCUUUUGACAGGUGGAAAGGCCUGCCUAGGCCGGUGUUAGCCGGAAGGUUCUCGGACCAGGGCAGAACGGUGGGGAGUGAGAUGGUGGUGCCCACCUUGCCUGCCUCCAUUGGGUGCCCUGGGACAAGACUCAGUUCCUCUCUCCUCUUGGGGCCCUUUGUGGGUGUGGGUGUUGGGGGGAAUUCCACUCCAGGGGAAAGGGACUCUGGUCAGCUGGGCCCAGUCCUGUGCUCACCCCCAGAACUUGGGUGCUGCUUGAGUGAGUGUGUGUGUGUGUACAUGUCCUGUCCUGUGUGCACUGCAGAGCUGGGGCGCACGUGUGUGUGUGUGUGUGUGUGUACUGCAGAGCUGGGGUGUCUGUGUGUGCACUGCAGAGCUGGGGUGUGUGUGCACUGCAGAGCUGGUGUGUGUGUGUGUGUGUACUGCAGAGCUGGGGUGUGUCUGUGUGUGUGUGUGUGCAGAGCUGGGGCAUUUGUAUGUGUGUGUACUGCAGAGCUGGGGUGUCUGUGUGUGUGUGUGUGCAGAGCUGGGGUGUGUGUGUGUGCAGAGCUGGGGUGUCUGUGUGUGUGUGCACUGCAGAGCUGGGGCGUGUGUGUGUGUGUGCACUGCAGAGCUGGGGCGUCUGUGUGUCUGUGUGUGUGUGCACUGCAGAGCUGGGGCGUGUGUGUGUGUGUGCACUGCAGAGCUGGGGCGUCUGUGUGUGCACUGCAGAGCUGGUGUGUGUGUGUGUGUGUGCGCACUGCAGAGCUGGGGCGUCUGUGUGUCUGUGUGUGUGUGCACUGCAGAGCUGGGGCGUGUGUGUGCACUGCAGAGCUGGGGCGUCUGUGUGUGUGUGCACUGCAGAGCUGGGGCGUCUGUGUGUGUGUGCACUGCAGAGCUGGGGCGUGUGUGUGUGUGUGCGCACUGCAGAGCUGGGGCGUCUGUGUGUGUGCACUGCAGAGCUGGGGCAUCUGUGUGUGUGUGUGUGCACUGCAGAGCUGGGGCGUCUGUGUGUGUGUGCACUGCAGAGCUGGGGCGUGUGUGUGUGUGUGCACUGCAGAGCUGGGGCGUCUGUGUGUGUGCACUGCAGAGCUGGGGUGUGUGUGUGUGUGUGUGUGUGUGCAGAGCUGGGGCGUGUGUGUGUGUGCGCAGAGCUGGGGUGUGUGUGUGUGCACUGCAGAGCUGGGGCGUGUGUGUGUGUGUGUGUGUGUGUGCACGGCCUGUCCUGUGUGUGUGUGCACUGCAGAGCUGGGGCAUGUGUGUGUGCACUGCAGAGCUGGGGCAUCUGUGUGUCUGUGUGUGUGUGCACUGCAGAGCUGGGGCGUCUGUGUGUCUGUGUGUGUGUGCACGGCCUGUCCUGUGUGUGUGUGCCGAGUGGGCAGUAGGGAGGUGGAUGGAAGGAGGCAUCCAGUUCCAUGGGUUGGGGGGACCACCUAGUUCCUUGGGGGGGCAGAGGUGAGCAGAUGGGGGAUGCUUAAGGUGGGGGCCGCGCAGGUGUCUGCAGGGCUGGCUCGGGCCCUCUCCGUCAUCCUGCCCCGGCUCCAGCCAGGGCUGGCUGGGACUUGGGGGCGUCUCUCUCCCGUGCCCUCACGCUCCCCUCUGUCUCCUG